AUGGUUCCCAAGCGAAAGAAGUCCGGUCCCGUUCCGCCGCAGGAUACUCAGUCGGAUAAGCACACCCAAUCAGAGCGCCCGAAAUCCACCCCGAGGAGAUCUGGGCGUAUUGUUAAGAAACAGGUUGAGGCAUCAGAACCAGAUGCCAAUCCGGUCAACGGAGAACCUUCAUGCCCGGCGUCGGCUCGACCAAGGGGUAAGAAGAAAAAGAUGCAAGAAGUAGGAGAUAUGUACGGAGCUAUGGACGGCCUCCGCGAAAUGGAGGAUAGCUUCCGCAAUGCUGUCAAGCGGCAGAAGUUGGCGGUGAAUGAAAGUUCAGUCCUAGAAACUCCGAAGUCCAAGGAAGAGGACGCCGCCUUCUUACCAAGACCCGACAAGCCUAACCCAGACUCCAUACCGGAAGAAAUCGAAAGGAGGAAGAAGGUCAAGAAAAAGAAGGAGAACUCGGCUAAGAUAACGAGCAAUGGACAUACCAACGGGAACGGUAACAAUGCCGACGAGGACAGCGAAGCUUACCAGGACGGCGAACCAGGCGAUAGGGAGGAAGGUGGUCAAUUCGCUCCGGAGACGGAUUCCAAUGCCUUGAAACAAGAAGGUUCGAGGCCACCACCGGUCAAUAGCGACUAUUUACCUCUACCGUGGAAAGGUAGAUUGGGCUAUGCUUGCCUUAAUACGUAUCUUCGACUUUCAAACCCGCCCGUAUUUAGCUCGAGAACUUGUCGGAUAGCCUCUAUCUUGGAACACCGUCAUCCUCUUUCAGAUCCAUCACAACCAGAACACCCAACCAAAAAUAGACCGGACAAGAACCAGCCAGCGGAGGUGGCUAGAGGUCAAAGAUAUGUCGAAGCUCUUGGCCUCGCCAAUGCACGUGACAUUGUGAAAAUGAUUCAUUGGAAUGAUAAAUAUAAUAUCAAAUUUAUGCGUCUAAGUUCAGAGAUGUUCCCUUUUGCGAGUCACGAGGAAUAUGGUUACAAGCUUGCGCCGUUUGCGUCUGAGGUACUUGCGGAGGCUGGAAAGCUGGCGGCCGAGCUAGGUCAUCGGCUCACCACUCAUCCUGGACAGUUUACACAAUUGGGGUCGCCGCGGGCCGAGGUCGUUAGAAAUGCGAUCCGCGAUCUCGAGUAUCACGAUGAGAUGCUCACACUCCUUCGCCUCCCUGAGCAACUCAACAAGGAUGCUAUUAUGAUCCUGCACAUGGGCGGGGUAUUCGGAGAUAAAGAAGCCACUCUCGAUCGAUUUAGGAAGAAUUACGCCAAACUCUCGCCAAGUAUUAAGGCAAGAUUAGUAUUAGAGAAUGAUGAUGUUUCGUGGACGGUGCAUGACUUACUCCCAAUAUGCGAAGAGCUUAACAUUCCGCUGGUUCUAGAUUUCCAUCAUCACAAUAUAAUGUUCGACAAAGGCCAGAUUCGCGAAGGUACGAAAGACAUCAUGGAGCUCUACCCACGGAUCAGGGCAACAUGGGAUAGAAAAGGCAUCACACAAAAGAUGCAUUAUAGUGAGCCUUGUUCUGAGGCCAUCACGCCGCGACAACGACGAAAGCAUCGUCCUCGAGUUAUGACUUUACCGCCCUGCCCAAAUGAUACGGACCUCAUGAUUGAAGCUAAGGAUAAAGAGCAAGCUGUAUUUGAUCUAAUGCGGAACUUUAGGCUGCCCGGAUGGGAUCGGUUCAACGAUGUGAUCCCAUACGAGCGUGAAGAUGAGAAUAAGCCCCCUCCAAAACCUGUAAAGAAAAAGAGAUCGAAGAGUAAAAAAGGGGCCGAUACAAACGGAGAAGUCGACGAGGAGGUGGAGGAGGAACCGAAACCACCGCCCGAGGUCCCCGAGUCGGAAAUAGGGAUGGGCGGGCCUAAUAACCGUGUUUAUUGGCCGCUCGGGAUGGAGGAGUGGCUCCGACCGAAGAAAAGGGAGGUCAAGAAGAAGAAGCGGGCUGGUGACGAAAUGGACGAGGAUGAUUAG